UGUAUUUCCUGUGUCGUGGUAGCGAAUGAAUCGUCAGGCUCCGAGUAUGUGCACCAGGCAGUCCAAGAAUUGGUAAGAUGGCGGCUGCGGCAGUGGUUGAAUUUCAGAGAGCACAGUCUCUGAUCAGCACGGAUCGAGACGCUUCCAUUGAUAUUUUACAUGCGAUUGUCAAGCGAGAUGUCCAAGAGACCGACGAGGAGGCUGUGCGCGUCAAGGAACAGAGUAUCCUUGAACUGGGGGGUCUGCUGGCCAAAACGGGACAGGCAGCAGAGCUCGGUGGCCUCCUGAAGUAUGUAAGACCCUUUCUGAACUCCAUCAGUAAAGCCAAGGCAGCGAGGUUGGUGCGCUCCUUGCUAGACCUCUUCCUGGACAUGGAGGCAGCCACAGGGCAGGAAGUGGAGUUGUGCCUGGAGUGCAUAGAGUGGGCCAAAUCUGAGAAGAGGACGUUCCUGCGUCAAGCGCUAGAGGCACGCUUGGUCUCACUGUAUUUCGACACCAGGAGGUACCAGGAAGCCCUGUUGCUAGGCUCACAGCUGUUGCAGGAGCUGAAAAAGAUGGAUGACAAAGCGCUGCUGGUGGAAGUGCAGCUCCUGGAGAGCAAGACGUACCAUGCGCUCAGCAAUCUGCCUAAGGCCCGUGCCGCCCUCACGUCCGCCAGAACCACAGCCAACGCCAUCUACUGCCCGCCCAAGCUGCAAGCAGCCCUUGACAUGCAGUCGGGCAUCAUCCACGCGGCAGAGGAGAAGGACUGGAAGACAGCGUACUCGUACUUCUACGAGGCCUUCGAAGGCUACGAUUCCAUCGACAGUCCACGGGCCGUCAAGGCCCUCAAGUACAUGCUGCUGUGCAAGAUCAUGCUCAAUGCGCCUGAGGACGUCCAGGCAUUGAUAAGCGGGAAACUUGCCCUGCGUUAUGCCGGCAGACAGACAGACGCGCUAAAGUGUGUGGCCCAGGCUAGUAAGAACCGGUCACUCGCUGAUUUUGAAAAGGCACUAACGGAAUACAGAGCUGAGCUGAGGGAUGACCCCAUCAUCAGCAACCACCUGACCAAACUCUACGACAACCUGCUGGAGCAGAACCUCAUCAGAGUCAUUGAACCCUUCUCCAGAGUCCAGAUUGGGAACAUUUCCAGUCUUAUUAAACUGUCUAAGGGUGACGUUGAGAGGAAACUAUCUCAGAUGAUCCUAGACAAGAAAUUCCAUGGCAUCUUGGACCAGGGAGAAGGCGUCUUGAUCGUCUUUGACGAGCCCCCCGUUGACAAAACAUAUGAGGCAGCUCUGGAGACCAUUCAGAACAUGAGCAAAGUAGUGGACUCGCUCUACAACAAAGCCAAGAAGUUAACAUAGGAGAGCACUGGCGUCGUCACUGGGCCUCCAUGUGGCCAGUUCCCCAAAAGACUCCAGGGAGAGGGGGCGAGAUGGGGAGAAGCAGAAGUCUACACCCAGGACAAAACAAAUGACAAAAAAAGACAUGAGAAGAAAAAGGAAAACCAACCCACCCCCCCCCCCCCCCCCCC